CAGGGCUGUUGGAGGCUGUCCUGCAGACUGUAAGGUUUUGAGAGCUGUGGCUCAGCAGGUGAUGGUCUAUGCACAGAAGAUGGGAGCAAAGGGAUUGGAGGAGAUGUGGGAUUAGAGCUGAUGGCAGAGGCUACUGCACCUUACAUGGAGGGAUCCUUUUCUUGUGUUAGAGUGGUGUCUUGCCCUCAGAUGAGUCUUGAAAAGUUAUGCUAUGUUUUUGCCAGCUGAAUUUUUGCCAGAUCUUGCUUCUUUGCCCACCUUUUAAACAUACUGAGUGUUGUGUAGGGCCAACCAGUGAUAAGAUUGGAAUCAUGGUGUCAUGGAAGGGGAUUUACUUUAUUCUCUUCCUGUUUGCCGGAAGCUUUUUUGGAAGUAUUUUUAUGCUCGGCCCCGUUUUACCUUUGAUGUUUAUAAACCUGUCGUGGUACCGCUGGAUUAGCAGCCGCCUUGUGGCUACGUGGCUCACGCUUCCUGUGGCGUUGCUGGAGACCAUGUUUGGUGUCAAAGUGGUUAUAACAGGUGACGCCUUUGUGCCUGGAGAGAGGAGCGUCAUCAUCAUGAACCACAGGACACGCGUGGACUGGAUGUUCCUGUGGAAUUGUCUAAUGAGGUACAGCUACCUCAGGGUGGAGAAGAUUUGCCUCAAAUCCAGUCUCAAAAGUGUUCCUGGAUUUGGCUGGGCCAUGCAAGUUGCGGCCUUUAUCUUUAUUCACAGGAAGUGGAAGGAUGAUAAGAGCCAUUUUGAAGACAUGAUUGAUUAUUUUUGUGCCAUCCAUGAACCACUACAGCUUCUCAUUUUUCCAGAAGGAACUGACCUCACAGAAAAUAAUAAGGCUAGGAGUAAUGAUUUUGCUGAGAAGAACGGACUUCAGAAAUAUGAGUAUGUCUUACACCCAAGAACCACCGGCUUUACUUUUGUGGUGGACCGCCUAAGAGAAGGUAAGAACCUCGAUGCUAUUCAUGACAUCACGGUGGCAUAUCCUUACAACAUCCCUCAAACUGAGAAGCACCUUCUCCUUGGAGACUUUCCCAAGGAGAUCCACUUCCACGUCCAUAGGUACCCAGCUGACUCUCUUCCCACGUCCAAGGAGGACCUUCAGCUCUGGUGCCACAGAAGGUGGGAAGAAAAGGAGGAGAGGCUUCGGUCCUUCUACCAAGGAGAGAAAAACUUUCACUUUACUGGGCAGAGUACAGUUCCACCUUGCAAGUCUGAGCUCAGAGUCCUUGUGGUCAAGCUUCUGUCCAUAGUGUACUGGGCCUUGUUCUGCUCUGCAAUGUGCCUGCUCAUAUAUCUGUACAGCCCUGUUCGGUGGUAUUUUAUAAUCAGCAUUGUGUUCUUCGUGCUGCAGGAGAGAAUAUUUGGUGGACUGGAAAUCAUUGAACUUGCAUGUUACCGUUUUUUACACAAGCACCCACAUUUAAAUUCAAAGAAAAAUGAGUAAGAUGGUGGCAUUCCUGUGACAACCUAGGGUUGUCUUUGUAAACUGAGGCGAGUUUUGCAUGACUAUGUCAAAUGUUUCUUACUAUCCUCAUUCUUUGUUAAAGGUAUUUUGCACUUAAUUUUGUGGGGGAAAUAUUGCUAUGGUUUCUUUAAAAUCUCUGAAUGUAAUUCCAAUGCUGCGUAUGUAGCAGGGGUCAAUCGCUGUGAAUAACUAGGGUCAGAGUAUUAGAAACAAUCACUAAGCUGUCAAGACAAAAUGCAAGCUUUUCUGAAAGGACCAACCUGUUUCUGAGAGACUUUUGGCUCAGAGGUAGCCUUGGCACCAUGAACACCAGCCCCAGCAUGUCUAAGCAGGUAAUAGUCUGCCUGCCCCGCAGGACACAGUCCAUUCUUUAAUUCUUUUACACCAAUCAAACCCAAAGGUGGACUUGCCUUGUCCUAAGCUGAGCCCCAUUGGCAGGGAGCCCUCCAUCACUGAUAGUCUCUUGUGCUGAAUGAGGCAGGAAAAGACCCCCUUUCCUCACCUGGAAAUCACAUCUGCACUCAGCUCAGAGAGCACCGUCAGGCUCUCCAUUUGGCUUUUAAAAGACAGAAACUGGUGCAGCUUGCUUUUCACUCACACUCAGUCCUGCCUUCCUGAUGGUCACCAGGUAAUGUCAUCUUUAGCGUGUACUGGUUCAUGUAAAGAUGCAUUAGGAAAACAUCUGUAGUUCACACAGAAACUGGAAGGCAGGUGUCUGUCCCAUGCAUGCAGGGUGUCUACCUUCUGCCAUUAGAGCUACAACAAAUGUGCCUGCAGACAGGAUGGUGUAGCUAAAGCCCCCAAACCUUGAUAACUUUACUCUUAAAACAAAAAAUGCUAACUCAGAAUGAGCUCUUUCAGUGAUAGCAAGGACACACCCUCUCUUUUUAGUUAUCUCUCAACAGUGACAUUUAAACACACACUGACCUACUACUGUCUGCCAAAUAUUCCUAUCAUUUGGAAGCAAUGACAACAUAGCAAACCAAUAGCGAGCACGCAGUGUCCUGGGUAAGAGAAUCCUUGUGGCCACUGUUUCCACUCCACUGAGCUGCAUGCUCCCAUCUGUGUCAUGUGAUUGGGGCAGGGACAGAGGCACAGAAGCUUCCCCACCCCACCCCACCCCACCCCACCCCUGUAUCCCACAGUCUCAGCAGCUCUUACUGCCCUGUGUGCCCUUCUUAAGAUGGCAGUGCGCAUCUGUACCUGCUAAGGACUUCCUCAUCUUGCCAAGCACACUGAGAAAGCCCGGUUGGGGACAGGACACCAUCAGCAUAGCAUGGUUAAGUCUGGCUUUUUGAUGUUUGUGCAUAUGUUAGUGGGAGAGUGCUAACUGGUGCCUCUGGAGAAACAAGCCAGCCCAUGUUUAAUGGCUCCAUCAAAACUCACUUUAAACCUGCUAGGAACUUACUAAUUAGUAGCUGUGCACACCUGCCCUCAGCACAGCUGUUUGACUCCCGAGUUUUUAAGGUUACACACACACACACACAACCCUUCCCCCACCCUUUUUUCUUUCCCUUAAUGAGAAAGGCUUCCAAUUUUAAGUUUCUCUGAUGGAUCACAUUUAAAUGUGGAAAUAGCUAGCAAUUCGUUGCCCAGGAAAAAGAGAAAUGCUGUCAUCUUUGCCCACAGUAGUUGGGCUCGGUUAACAGUGCCGUCCAUCUCAUUGGGCACCCACAGGCUCUCUGUCUCUUGUUCUUCCCUUCGCCCUCUUCUGAUCAUAGAAAACAUUAAGGUAGAAAAUACCUUAAUUUUACUUUAUCUACCCCAAAUUCCUAAUACUGAGUACAGCACUAAAACUAGAGAAUGUGGAUACUCUACUUGCUUUAAGAGGAAUUUCUCCGAAGGGGGAAAAUAAAUAAAAGUGUUUUUAAAUUAUAAUUAUUUGUUCUUACCUACACGUUUAACUGUAUUAAAACUGUUUAUUUAAUUUAAAAACGCAUAUACAUCUAAUGCUUUUGAGCUUGGAACUGCUUUAAGUCAAUACUUGAACCUCAGGCCUAAGCAGAUGUGGCCUUGAUGGUUGUCAGCCUGAGGAAUGCCCCUGCCACACCUUCAGCCAGGGCUCAGCAGCUCAGCCGUGCUCCAGGAGACUCUUCCCUGCUCCCUGUGCAGGUGAGCCUAAUGAGCGAAGUGCUCGCAGCACUAGUUGGCUAGUUGAUCCCAUUGGAAGAGAUUUUACAUAUAGUAGUUGUGGGUUAUUUAUAAUGUGAACCAUUUCACCUUAAAAUAUGAACCGAUAUAGAGGCUGGGUGAUGAGUUCCCACAUUAUGUGUCUUUGAUGAAACAAACCCAAGGAAUCCUAAACUUUAGUCAGGCAAUGUGGCGGGAGAGACUGAAAAUGAAGUAGAAACAUAUCUAUCUGCGAGAGCUUCUCACUUAAGACUCUCCCUAAAAUCCUGCCUCUGCACGCCCACAGAACAAACCCAAGAAGGAAGCAGCACCUUCCACUCGUGUUCUAAUGGUGACCACACCACACGCAGACCCUAUGUUGGUACAAGUCUGAGUUCUGCAGACUGGUUCCCAUUUCCCCAGCUCUCAAGCCCAGCAAAGAAGCUCUAGUACAGCCACAAUAAGGACUAGCAGAGGGAGCCUGUUGGUGUUAAACUGUUUACAUUUCUUUAUAUACAAUAAUGUGCUUUCAGUGCCUUAGUUGUGGGUCCCUUUCUUUUUCCUGUUCUAAGAAUCGUAUACCGUGUUCUUAGAUAAAGUCUCUCCUCGUCACUCACUAGGAGGAAAGUGGUGCCUCAGCACCAGUGGGUCAGUGGUUGACAGAAACAAAACAAAAUGCUAUGUUGUAACAUGGAGAAGGGAGCUCGGUGCUGAGCUAUGGCUGCCUAGUUCUUACACAGUGGCAAACAAUUGCUUGGCCACGAAGUGGACUUCACACCACACGUGGCCCUAAAGGUGUCUUGUACCUACCUAAAAUUUUUUAUUUCAGAGUCUUGGUUUUGGUAACUUCUUUUUAAAAGAUCAUUACAUGGAGAACACCAAGUUUUAAAAAUAACUCACAGAAUGGCCUUAGCUUCAGUGUCCACUGGGAUAUUUGUGAAUUACCUGUAAAAUGCAUCCAGAAUAAAAUGGAGUGAAUUACAUGGUUCAAAA